UGGAGAGGCAGAGAGGAGUGACUGCAGAGACAGAGGGGUGGGUGGGCUGGCCCAUGGCUGAGGCCUCGCUCCCAGAGCUGAGGGGAGAUGUUGAAGCCACACCUUGCCCCAGCAUCCUGGAACUGGAAGAGCUCCUGAGGGCGGGGAAAAUUUCUUCUUGCAACCGGGUGGAUGAAGUUUGGCCUAACCUUUACAUAGGAGAUGUGGCCACAGCAAAUAACCGCUUUGAGCUAUGGAAGCUGGGCAUCACCCACGUGCUGAACGCCGCCCAUGGGGGCCUCUACUGUCAGGGUGGCCCUGACUUCUACGGCAGCAGUGUGAGCUAUCUGGGGGUGCCAGCCCACGACCUCCCUGAUUUCGACAUCAGUGCCUACUUCUCCUCUGCAGCCGACUUCAUUCACCGUGCCCUCAGCACACCUGGGGAGCUGGUCCUUACUCCCUACCAUGGGGCUCUGCCACUUUGCCGCGCUGGCACUGGCCCUGCUGGUGGCUCUGGCCCAGGCGGACAUCCAGAAGUUGGUAAGAGCCCAGUGUGGGGUCCGCCCUAGAGCCUGCUACUCCAUCCGCUUCCUCCGGCUGCCUGCGUUCCCUCUCAGCCACUGCCUGCGGUCCCCACAGAAACAGCAUCAAGUGUGCAGAGACAAGCAGCUGGAAAUCAGCGGCACAAAGUGUCCGUCAGAGAAGACCACAGCCUGGGCCAGAAACCCCCACAGGAUGGACUCGUUGCAGAAGCAGGACCUCCGAAGGCCCAAGAUCCACGGGGCAGUCCGAGGGGCCCCCUACCAGCCGCCUACACUGUCCUCGCUGCAGCGCUUGCUGUGGGUCCGACGGGCCGCCACGCUGAGCCACAUCAACGAGGUCUGGCCCAACCUCUUCCUGGGAGAUGCGUAUGCAGCCCGGGAUAAGAGCAAGCUGAUCCAGCUGGGCAUCACCCAUGUUGUGAAUGUCGCUGCAGGCAAGUUUCAGGUGGACACAGGUGCCAAGUUUUACCAUGGCUUGCCCUUGGAGUACUAUGGCAUCGAGGCGGAUGACAACCCCUUCUUCGACCUCAGUGUCUACUUUCUGCCCGUUGCUCGAUACAUCCGAACUGCCCUCAGUGUUCCCCAAGGCCGCGUGCUGGUACACUGCGCCAUGGGGGUGAGCCGCUCUGCCACAGUUGUCCUUGCCUUCCUCAUGAUCUACGAGAACAUGACGCUGGUGGAGGCCAUCCAGACGGUGCAGGCCCACCGUGAUAUCUGCCCCAACUCGGGCUUCCUCCGGCAGCUCCAGGUUCUGGACAACCGACUGGGGCGGGAGACAGGGCGGCUCUGAGCUGGUGGGCAGCCAGAAGCCCUGACCCUCCGGCCAGCAUGGCCCGACCCAACCAGCCUGGCCUUGGGAACAGCAGCCUCUGCUGUUCCCAGUGACCUUGAAAUGUACAUAGUAAGUGGGGGCUUAGCUGAGGCAGAGGCAGGGAGAGCUGGGUGGUAACUUUUAGUGAGUGGAUUUUCCUGACCCAAUCCAGAGAUUCUUUAUGCAAAAGAGAGUUCAGUCUGUCUCUAUAAUAAAAGGUUCAUCGUAAUAAAGACA